CCAUAUCUAAUUGCUCCACUUUAGAAACCCUAAUUCGGCCGCAACCUUCCGUCUCGCUAUCCCUCUCUUCGCAGGUCGUUUAUUUUGGUCCAGGAUCUUCAGCAAUGGCACCUAAAGCUGACAGUAGCAAAAAGGCUGAUCCCAAAGCUCAAGCCUUGAAGACUGCCAAGGCAGUCAAGUCUGGUCCAACUUUCAAGAAGAAGGCCAAGAAGAUUAGAACAUCGGUCACAUUCCACAGGCCGAAGACAUUGAAGARGGAUAGGAAYCCCAAGUAUCCUCGGAUCAGUGCAACUCCGAGGAACAAGUUGGACCAAUACCAAAUUCUUAAAUAUCCACUGACCACCGAGUCUGCAAUGAAGAAGAUUGAGGAUAACAACACCCUUGUUUUUAUUGUCGAUAUUCGUGCUGACAAGAAAAAGAUUAAAAAUGCCGUGAAGAAGAUGUAUGAUAUUCAGACUAAGAAAGUGAACACUUUAAUCAGGCCAGAUGGAACAAAGAAGGCAUACGUUAGGUUAACCCCUGACUAUGAUGCCUUAGAUGUGGCGAACAAGAUCGGUAUCAUCUAAACUACAAAGCUUGGUGUCUUUCUUCUUAGGGGUGGAGCAUUUUCAUAUCAAUUGUUACAUGUUAAAAUUUUGGAGAGCAUCUUGUUGUAGGAUCCUAGUUUUAUUCUACCUUUUCUUUGAUAUGUAUUGGAAUUUGUUAGCUCAGAUAGACUGGGUUCACAAUACUUGGAAUAUGCACUCAAAUCAUUUUUGGCUUUUUAAAUUUAUGGCAUCCAACUGUGGGUCCUGAUUUCUAAUUUAUAAAGUUUUUGCUGAUUGCUUUCUGCUGAA